GAUAAGUCUUGUAUUCAUGCGGUAUCUUUUAUUUUCUCGUUAUGCCAUAUAGAUUUUGACAUAUUCAUAUUAUUCGUAUCGUGUUUUGUAUACUUUUUCUCAUCAUCAUGUAUGUGUUUUACUAUAUUUGCAUUCAAAAUGUAGUCUAAGCCUUAGCUUCCCGGCUCCAGCAUAUUAAUAGGUAGGCACAUGUGUGCCUGUCCCAGCCUGCACUGAAUUGGGUUCUUUUUUUAAGUAAUCAAAAUCUAUGGCUUUGGCUCUUUAAUCCCACUCCUCAUUAUCCCAGUAUCUUAUUUGGUCAGUGAGACUUCGAUCAUAUUUGCUUAUGGCACCAGACCACAGCCUGAGAUUUCAAGCUCUUUCCUUCAUCAAAUAUCAGCAGAAUCUAACUUAUCAGCCUCCCUUGCCUACUUCAGACCCUGCAUUUCCUAUACUAACCAUUGUUGUGCUAAGCAUCAUGGGUACAGCUUUCUUGCUAGUUGGCUAUUUUAUUUUUGUGAGUAAAUGUUGCAGCUCUAACUGGUACCAACUUAAUCUGCUAAGCCGAAUAUCUUUAUUUCGAGGUAGACAAGAGGAAGAUACGUUCAUUGCCUUGUCUCCGGUAAUGUGGAAUCGCGGUCUCGACGAGUCUGUCAUUCGAGAAAUUCCAACUUUUCAGUUCAAAAGAGAAGGCGAUGAUGAAACAAGUGUGUACGGUUGUGUGGUUUGUCUGAAUGAGUUUCAACAGCAUGACAUGCUUAGAGUUCUUCCCAAAUGCAGCCAUGCUUUCCACUUGGAUUGCAUUGAUAUAUGGCUCCAAAGCAACGCCAAUUGUCCUCUUUGUAGAACAAGCAUUUCAGGCGAUACCCGCUAUCCGAUCAAUCAAAUCAUUGCACCGAGCUCUUCACCUCAAGACCCACUGCCGUACACUGAUAGCCUGAUGGGUGGAGAUGAGGACUUUGUAGUGAUAGAACUUGGAGAAGACGAUGGAGAUGCUCUACUGCCGUAUAGACAACAAGAAAGAGACAAUUCGAGAGAGUCGUUGAUGCAGUUUCAGCCUAGGGGUCAAUCACCAAGAAAGGUGGAGCAGAAGCCUGGGAAACUAAAAUCAAGAAGACGCCACCAUCUCUCAGUUGUGGGAGAUGAGUGCAUUGAUGUUAGACAGAAAGAUGAAGACUUCUCAAUUCAACCUAUCAGGAGAUCUUUCUCAUUAGAUUCUGCUGUAGAUAGACAGCUUUACCAAUCUGUUCAAGCCAUUGUUCAACAAAACAGGCAUCCUGGAGGGAUUACCACUACUGAAGAAUGCAGUAAUAGAGGUCGUACAUCUUUAUUUCCAUUUGAACAUGGUCCAAGACCCAGAAAGGCGGUACUUCCUGUCUGAAUUUUGAUUAUAUAAUUAGAGAUUGCUUAAAGUUAGUUUUUGUUGUUUUGCUUGCUUUAAGAUGGAAAUUUUUGUGAGGCAAAAAAAAAGAGGAGAGAUUUCAGACGAGUGUAGAGUGACUUUUCAGUGAUAUUGUACAUAGUGAGAAAAACAAAUGAUUCUUACCAAAAAAGAAAAAAAAAAAUUGGAGGCAUGGGUGUGGGAAUCAUUGCUUAAGGCACUUUGUGGGGAUGAGAUUGAUUUCAUUCUAUUUUGCGGACUUAAUUCUUUAUGACUGACAAUCAUUGCAAACAUGACAUUCUAGCUUAGAGUUGCAGAGAGAGACAGAGGAGGUAAGAAGGGCAUUUAAUGGAGUCCAGACAGAAGGGGACCCAACAUUGAGUAACUACAACUCUUACCAAUUUAGAGAAACGGAGGUCCUUUAAGCAAUGAUCACCAACUUCUUUUGUCUUGUAGUAAUUAUUUGCUGCUGCUAAACAGCAUAGGGAAUGAUUCUGUUCAAUUGUAAUUAAUCUUAAUUUGUUCUCACAUCAUCCAUUAUGCCAUUAUUUUGAGCUAAACAAAAUGCUGCAAAUGCUACCGGCGGGGGAGUGUGGCUAUAUGCUCCAACAGGAUCAUGCCGUUCUACUCGUGGCUAAAAUGAGCUCACAUUACUUGGACCGACUCCUUUUCUUAAAGUAUUAAUGUCUGACAUCUAUGUCAAAUACAUAUUUAGAUUUUGGACAUAUUCUCUGUCUAACGUAUACUCUUAUCCCAUACUAAAACCCGAGCUUGAAUAACAUAACCAUGAUGACAGAGAAAA